AAAUCUCCCAUUUCUUUUCCGGUCGCUGACACACGCAGAGUGCAGAACUUUCUCUCUCAUUUUCGUGGCGUUUUUCCCAGCAAACUACCGUGAAAAUGGCCAAGAAGAAAAGUGAGGAACAACCCACGGAAGGCGGUGGAGAUCAUGAGUAUGGCGAGGAGCCUAAUUUUGACGAUCCACCGGGUUUUGUGGACGAUAUCUCCGACGAAGACCUCCUGGCUGACAUGCUGAAGCAGAAACCCUGCGCAACGGAUGGGGUUGAGAGUGUUAUUGUGGUGGACAACAUCCCAAUUGUUGGGCCAUCCCGAAUGGAAAAACUCAAGUCAGUGAUCGAUAAGUUGUUUCAUGCUUUCGGGGAAGUGACCAAUUGCUUCUAUCCAUUGGAUGAGAAUGGCAAUACGAAGGGGUAUGUGUUUCUGGAGUACAAAAAUCCCGAGAAUGCCGAAGAAGCCGUCAAGGAGAUGAACAAUCACCGAUUGGACAAGAACUACACCUUCGCAGUGAAUCUCUUCACGGACUUCAGCAAGUACGAAAAUAUUCCCAAGGAAUGGGAAGCCCCUAAGCCACAGCCCUAUACUGUCCAGAGUGACCUGUACAACUUCAUGCUGGAACCAGAUGCAUACGAUCAGUUCUGCGUGGCUGCUGAGACUGCCCCCUCAAGUGUCCAAGUGCAAUUCUGGCAGAAUACUCUUCCGGAACCCACGGACCUGGAGAAGAGAGAUCGAUUUACGGACACGUUUGUAAAGUGGUCACCUCAGGGCACGUACAUCGUGACGUUCCAUAAGCCGGGCGUUGUUCUCUGGGGUGGCACCAAGUUCGUCAAGAUCAACAAAUUUCCCCACGCUGGCACCCAAUUCGUGGACUUUUCGCCGUGCGAGCAGUAUUUGGUGACUUAUGGGCCGACGCCCAUGGGUCAGAAGAUCAUCAUCUGGGACAUUCGAACGGGUCAGGAGAAGCGUUCCUUCAUCUCUGAUGGCGCUGCCAAUUUUUCCAUGUUCCGAUGGUCACAUGAUGAUAAGUAUGUGGCGCGGAUGGAUGAAGGAGCAAUUUAUAUUCAUGAAACUCCGAGUUUCUAUUUGUUGGACAUGAAGUCAAUCAAGGUGCCGGGCAUUAGGAGUUUCAGUUGGUCUCCGACGGACAAUAUCAUUGCUUAUUGGGUGGCUGAAGCCACAGAUGUGCCGGCAAAGGUGAGUUUGCUGGAGAUUCCGAAGAAGAGGGAAAUUCGGAAUAAGAAUCUAUUCAAUGUGGCCGAUUGUAAGAUACACUGGCAGCAAUCUGGGGAUUAUUUGUGUGUCAAGGUCGAUAGGUUUUCCAAGUUGAAGAAGGACAAGAAGGAUUCCGAUGUCAAAUUCUUGGGAAUGUUCUAUAAUUUUGAGAUUUUUCACAUGCGUGAACGCGAUAUUCCCGUGGAUUCGGUGGAAAUUAAGGAUUUAAUAUUGGCCUUUGCCUGGGAACCAAUUGGACAGAAGUUUGCCAUCAUUCAUGGUGAGCAGACGAGUGCCAAUGUGACAUUCUACAAGGUGCAAACGGGUCAGAAGCCAAGCUUAAUUAAGAAGCUGGAAAAGAAGGUCUGCACUCAUUUGUUCUGGUCACCACGUGGGCAGUUCAUUGUCCUGGCCAAUUUGACGCUGGGCGUCUUUGAGUUCAUUGACACCAAUAAUUAUUUCCUGGUGAUGAAUACGGGGGAUCACUUUAGGGCUUCCGAGGUGGAAUGGGAUCCCACGGGGAGAUAUGUGGUGACUGGUGUGUCAGCGUGGAAGGUGAAGGAGGACAAUGGGUACUAUCUGUGGAAUUUCCAGGGACGCUGUCAGAAGCGUGUAAUGUUGAAGAAUUUCGUCCAAUUCCUUUGGCGUCCACGGCCGGCUUCGUUGCUGGCGGAGGCGGAACAGCUGAAGAUUCUCAAGGAACUCAAGAAGUACUAUCCACAGUUUGAGAGUAAGGAUCGCAUGAGGAUGACCAGGGCGUCCAAGGAGCUGCUGGAGAAGAGGGCUAAACUGAGGGAGCAAUUCAAUGAGUAUCGCAACAAGAGGAUUGCCGAGUGGCAGAGUCAGAAGACAAGGAGGCUUCAGAUGAGAAAUCAUAUCGACACUGAUAAUUUGGAUACGGACGACGUUGAGGAGGAGAUUGUUGAAUUUUUAGUCAAAGAGGAAACAACAGUUCUCGAGUAGUCGCCCAAGGAUUCCUCGUACUUUCUGCAAGGUGGAUAAAUCCCUCGAGAUUUCAGCCCCUUGUGUCCUUCUGCCAGCCAAGACAGCAGCCACCGCUCCCGGAAGGACGCCCAAAAUAUCCGCCUUGCUGAUUAUUUUUUUUUCUAAUUCUGAAAUACUUGUGUAAGGAUUGCAAAGCCUCGUCGUGGGAGUUUUAUCAAAGGGAAAUUUUAGUGGAAUUUGCGCAUUUUAUAUAAAUAAAAAAAAAGAAGAGGAGAGAAAAGAAAGGGAGGAGCAAGGAGAAAAAAAAACUAUAAAAAGUAAAUUAACACUAAUAUUGUAAUUUUACCCCGGAAAAUGAAUUUCCACACAAUAUUUUUAACGGAAACUUCUGUAAUGAAUGUUCGUAUUAAAACACAUGUAGGAAUUAA